GUCUGCGCAGUCGCGUCUUUCUCGUCACUCCGAACUUUCGGGACGCAGGAAGGAGGGAGACGCCACCGCCAUCUUAUCUGAUGAGCAGCAGCAGUGGACAGGACCCGGGGGGAGCCAUGUCAGCUCCGUGGCAGGACGAGGAGGAGGAGUUCAAGCUGGAGAACCUGAAAGGACCGUGGCGGCCCAAAUCCCGCUUCUCCUUCACCGAGGUCAAAGCUCUGUUGCGGGCCGUGACGAAGAACCGCUUCAUCGUCCUCAGAAAGUUCAAUCACGGUGUGACGGCUGAAUCCAAGAAACAGACGUGGAUGGAGAUCACAGAGGAGAUCAACGCUCUGGGAGAGAAUCACAGAGAGGUCCGACAGAUCAUGAAGAAAUGGGCCGACUUGAAGUGUGACGGGAAGCGGCGCAUGAUCGCCAUGAGAAGUUCCAACAGCACCCACCUGAGGAAGAGGAACCUGGGACCUAUAGAGAAGAUGGUCCACAAGAUCCUGAUGAUGAGUCCUGAAGAUGGUGACAGCGAUCUGGACUUCGGAGAAGAACAGAAGCCCAAGACCCCACGGAAACGCAGGAACUCCAAGCCGCCGUCGUACCUGAGUGACUCUACACCUGUCGUGGACUCUCCUCUGUCCUCACCUGAGAAGGACUUCGCCGGUGAAACGCUCCACUCGUCCUCUGACAUUGAUGUUCCUGAGGAUGGAGAUGUUUCCAUGGACUUCGACGAGAUGGAGCCGUACUCAGAACCGGAGCCGGAUGAUGACCCGUCUUUGAGGGUCAAGCCGGUCCACACCUACACACGGAACGGGGGCCCGUCCACUCCGCCCGGACCCUCCACCUCUUCUGGGUUCCUCUCAGAACUGGACGCUGCCUCGUCCUCCACCUCGGCGCCUCCGUCUCAGUCCCCUGCCAGCUCCAUCCUGGCAGCUCCUUCUGCGCUCAACUCCACCCAGAAACCAGCCCUUUCCUCCAUCGCUCCCAUCAGGCCCGGCGCCGGGUCGGAACAAGCCUCUUCCUCCAGACAGCCCUGCACCUCCAGGUCCGUUAAAGCGGACCCCCUUCCCUCCGGGGGGCACAGUGUUCGGCCCAACCAGCAGGUGGCGCAGCUGGCAGCACAGAGUCUGCAGCAGCAACAGGCCAGCCGGGCGCUGCUCAGCUCCGUGUCCCAGUCCCUGGAGAUUCUGGCCCAGUCAGUGCAGCUGCUGGUGGAGACCCAGCAGGAGUUCGUGCAGGAGUCGCUGCUGCUGCAGCGGGAGACAGUGGACGUGCUGAGGGACUUCUCCAACACAGCACUGACCAUGCUACGGGAGAAGGCCAACAGCGCACCGGUGGUGAUCCGCCAGCGCCCGGCCUUCUGAGGAGUCCCAAGCCAACCACAAGCUCAGAGACACGUGCUCUUCUAAAACCUCCUGGUGCUUCUGUACAUACCAGUCCAGCAAGUUGAUGCCUAGUGUCGUGGACCGGACCGACCCAAACACAUUUUUAACCUCAAAUAAAGCUACAGACUAGAAGAGUUCUGCUGUGGAGUCUAACUUUAACUUGGAGCUCCUGAGGUCCUCCACUGGAGGUCUGGAGACCUCAGCGGACCAGUACCAUUGGUAUGUGUGACGUGUUAGCAACGAGCGUCCACAACUCUUUCCACUACCUCCCUUCGUCCGUCCUCUUCCUCCCAUCUGAGCUCUGGAUGCUUCACAGGGGUCCGGACCUGCCUCUGUCCAGGACUGGGGAAGGACUUGUGUGUGUGUGUGUGUGUGUGUGUGUGUGUGUGUGUGUGUGUGUGGGUCCACCCCGGGCCUCCUCCUGACGAAUAACUGGUUUUCUAAAAGUCAAUAAAAACACUAACACAUUGAACUGUGACUUGAGAUGAAAUAGGAGAGUGAAUAUGAAGGAGAGAAGUGAGGGAUCAAAGAGGAGUGAAGUGAGGGAACAUGGAGAAAUGUAAGGGAUCAAAGAGGAGUGAAGUGAGGGAACAUGGAGGAGGGAAGUGAGGGAUCACGGAGGAGAGAAAUAAGGGGUCACAGAGGAAAACGUGAGGGAACAUGAAGGAGAGAAGUGAGGGAACACAGAGCAGGGAAAUGAGGAAUCAUGGAGGAUAGAAGAAUGAGCAUGUUCUUCCAGUACUUUUUUGCAAAAAUGGUGAGAAUGGUGUGAAAAGUGGACACGUGAACAUGGAUCAGUACAGUCAGUUGUCAGUUUUUAUUCCACAAAAUGACACUUUCGCCAGUCAAUCUGAGGAAAAGGUGGCAAGUCAGACGAGACAGUAACGGGUCCCAGGCAAAAAUUGAUUCAUGGUCAAACAACUUGUUCCACUUGCAGCAACGAAAAGAGAGGAAAAUUGUCAAAUAUGAAAAAAGAUAUACACACAAACAAAUGUGAGUCUAUACUCACAGUCCUGAGCAGGAAAAUCAAAAACAACAUAGUCAUCUGGGACGUCACAGUUAAGAGAAGAAACCGUCAUGGCUGGAGGAAGAGGCAGUGAGGAGAGGUGAAGUUGGAAGCAGGACACAGUGGUGGAGUAAGGAGGAGCAGGAACUAGCAGGCGGCUCUAUAACAGGCCAGGGAACACAUUGGAAAAAAGGAGAGUGAAAAUGGGAGCCAGCAGGAGAGAAGUCGGGCAGUCAUGUGCAGAAGAGAGUGGGCUCCGUGAGAAAUGAUCCAGUCAUCUGUGGGGGUGGAGUGAGAGGUCAGGGGAAGUCGAACUGGACUGGAGGAGCUCGGGUCUUCUGGCGGUCCAGCCUCCACGUCCAGACGCAGACAGCGAGCACCAUGGCGGGCAGCAGGGCACACAGCAGGAUGCGGCUGAUGGGCAGCGGGACGGCGCAGUCGGGCUGGCUGAAGGUGGUCCGGUUAUGGAAGACGAAACUGGGGUAGAAAUCCAGUGACAGGGAGGUGGCCCGGCGGGCGAAGGUCACCUGACAUCUCCACCUGCGGUCGAAGUCGUCGCUCUGGAGCUGCUUGACCAGCGUGAUGUUGCAGCGAGAGGUGACCUUCACCUCAAACCUGCAUGUUCAAACAAGGUUAGAUCCCAGAGGGUUCAGAAACAUGAGCAACCCCCCCGAGAGUCCAAACCUUCGGUCCUGAAGCAGGUUGGUUCCGUCCUCAGAGGUCCAGCUGACGUUGAAGUCCUUGGAAUGUGGACUGCAGCUGACGCCGUCGUAGUAGGUGAAGAGCGUGCAGCUGAGGCUGAGGGGGCGCCCGGGCCGGAGGUCAGUGGCAGGGGUCGGCGAAGAGACCACCAGGACGGACAGGAAGACCUCGGCGAAAGUCUCGUGCAGAAGCAUGCACUUGUAGGUGCCGAUGUCUUCGGGCCCCAAGCUGCGGAUGACGAGGCUGCAGUUCCACGUGAUGAAGCGACGCUCAUAUCCGUCGCCUUGGCGGCUGCUGUCGAUCUCCAGCGUGGGGAAGGACAUGCUGCCGUGGUAGAAGGUCCAGGUCACUACGGGGUUGCCGCUGGACGAAGCCCAGUUCCCGCACUGCAGCGCCACGUCGUCGCCCAUCUUGCUGUAGGCAAACACCGGGGCAUCACCUCCUCCCACUCCUGCCGAUGUGAGUGACAGGUGUGUUGAGCUUUAGCGGUGAACACACUAAUGCGUCACUGCUGUUCUCUGAGAGUCCAUCCGAGCGAGCUUCAAGGAAAUGAUUGUACAGCUUUUACUUUUAUUCAACUUACUGCUAUCUAUUUA